AUGUCUGCAAAUGUGAAACUAGAAAAGGACCCAAACAAUGAAGAAGAAAGGGAAAAAGUGGAUGAAAAAGUCUAUCAAGAAUUAAUUGGUUAUUUAUUGUACGUAGCAUUGCAUAGUAGACCAGAUAUUGCAUGUGCAGUUAACAUGUUAUCGCAAUUUUCAAAAGACCCCCGGAAACAACAGCAUUAUAAUGCUGCUUUGCCAGUAAUAAGGUACUUGAGUACAACAAGGAAUGCAGCAAUAAUAUAUAAAAAGAAUUCGGCACCUCUCAUGGGAUUCUGUGACGCCAAUUGGGCUCAAGAUAUCAAUGAUAGGAAAUCUCAAACUGGGUUCUGUUUUCUCCUAGCAGGUGGAGCGGUCACCUGGGAAUCCAAAAAACAAAAGGUGGUUGCACAUUCUAGUGCUGAAGCGGAAUAUAUUGCUUUGACUGAAUCAGCUAAAGAAGCCUCAUAUUUAAGUUAA